AUGAAGAAACCUGCUCAUGAGCUUCCCCCGGUGGACAUGUUCGUUACCACGGCCGAUGCCGACCUAGAACCGCCGAUUAUCACUGUGAACACUGUACUCUCCUUGUUAGCCGUCGAUUACCCAGCCAACAAGCUAGCUUGCUACGUAUCCGACGAUGGUUGUUCUCCUCUCACCUUCUUCGCUCUCAUUGAAGCAUCUAAGUUUGCUAAGAUUUGGGUUCCAUUUUGUAAGAAGCAUAACAUUCCUGUUAGAGCUCCAUUUCGAUACUUUAAUGGUGAGCCCUUAUCGUCGUCCAAAGACAGUUCAUUGGAGUUCCAACAAGAGUGGAAAAAGAUUAAGGAUGAAUACGAACUGCUUUGCCAAAAGAUUGAAGAAGCAACGCAAAGAUCUGAGCCAUGGGACUUUACAGGGGAAUUUGCAGCAUUUUCACAUGUAGAGCGCAGGAACCAUCCUACUAUAAUAAAGGUUAUAUUGGAGAACAAGGAAGAUCUUCCCAAUGGUUUGCCUCAUCUGGUCUACAUCUCCAGAGAGAAGCUCCCAAAGCAUCCACAUCAUUUCAAAGCUGGUGCCAUGAAUGUUCUGAUCAGAGUGUCAGGAGUGAUGACAAAUGCUCCUUUCAUGCUGAAUGUAGACUGCGAUAUGUAUGCCAACAAUCCCAAGAUUGUUCUUCAUGCAAUGUGCAUGCUGCUUGGUGUCAAGAAUGAAAUGGACAGUGGCUUUGUUCAAUAUCCACAAUGCUUCUAUGAUGGACUCAAGGAUGACCCAUUUGGAAAUCAGUUCGUGGUUUUACUUAAAUAUAUGGUGAGUGGAAUUGCGGGGAUACAAGGACCUUUUUAUUCAGGAACAGGGUGUUUUCACAGAAGAAAAGUUAUAUAUGGUUUAUCACCAAAUAGAACUGUAACCAACGGAGAAUUGGGUGAUGAGAAUUUGCAGAAAACAUUUGGAAAGUCAAUGAAAUUCUCCAAAUCAGCAGCUCAGGUUAUAUCAGGAUACAAUGUCAUAAAUCCUGAGAAUAGAGGUGGUAUUUCAAGUUCUAUUGAGGCAGCAUACCAAGUUGCAAGUUGUGGCUAUGAACAUGGUACCAGCUGGGGUGAAAAGAUUGGUUUGAUAUAUGGAUCGGCAACAGAAGAUGUCCUAACUGGGCUUACUAUCCAUGGGAGGGGUUGGAAAUCUACGUAUUUAACACCCGAUCCUCCUGCUUUUCUUGGAAGCGCUCCCUCGAGUGGGCCCACCACAUUGAUCCAGCAGAAGAGAUGGUCCACUGGGCUUCUGGAAAUUGUUUUAAGCCCAAAAAGCCCAAUACUUUUUCUCUCCAAAGGCAAGCUUCACUUCCGCCAAUUCCUAGGUUACAUGUGGCUUCUGGUGUGGGGUUUACGAUCCAUUCCAGAGCUAUGUUACGCUACUCUGCCGGCUUACUGUAUUCUCACCAACUCACACUUCUUACCCAAGGUGAUGACAAAUCAUAACCCUCUUGUUUUACUGUCUCGUGCUACCCAUGCCAUGUAUGCAUUACUGUUUAGCAUUUUGUACAUGCAGGUCCAAGAACCGGCCAUACUCAUACCCUUUGUCCUCUUUAUCAUCUACAAUAUAUACUCUGCAUCGGAGUACUUACGGGCAGACUUGUCAAUCUGGGCAUGGUGGAACAACCACAAAAUGUGGAGAAUCAUAUCUAUGACAUCAUGGUUAUUUGGAUUUCUAAGUGUUAUACUCAAACUUCUAGGAUUAUUCGAGACUAUGUUUGAGGUUACAAAGAAAGACCAAACCAUUGGUGCCGAUGACACCAAUGCUAAUGCAGGAAGGUUCACAUUUGAUGAGUCCCCGGUUUUUGUGCCCGGCACUGCCAUUUUGUUGGUGAACUUGGCCGCGUUGGCCCUCAUGUUGUUAAGGUUCCGAUUGACGACUCGUGGUGGAGAUGGUUCAGGGGUAGGGGAGAUCAUAUGCAGUGUGUGGGUGGUACUAUGCUUCUGGUCAUUUUUUAAAGGAUUGUUUGGGAGAGGAAAAUAUGGAAUUCCGUUAUCUGUUAUAUAUAAGUCAGGGACUCUAGCACUAUUGUUUGUACAGUUCUGCAAAUGGACCUCAAUGGGUUGA